AUGUUUAAGUUAUUUGUUCCUUCUAGAAGAGUUUUCGUGCAAGGGCCUGGUGCACGCGCCCGUUCCGCGGCACUGUUGCCAGUUCGCAGGGCGUACUCGUCGCAGGCCGGUCGCGGCAAACAUUUCUACCCGUUGUUAUUGCUCGGGGGAGUGGCUCUAGGUGUCACGUACUAUAACCUCAACAACACAAGCAAGCCCCCAAAGGCACUCGUGGAGCCCACCGGUCCUUUGUACAAGGACUCCGAGAUCGACGUGAUCUUCGUUCUGGGCGGCCCGGGCUCCGGAAAGGGCACGCAGUGUUCACGGCUCGUGAAAAAUUACGACUUUGUCCAUCUGUCUGCGGGCGACUUGCUGAGAGCAGAACAGGCCAACCCGAACUCCGAGUACGGCUCGUUGAUUGCCCAUUACAUCAAGGAGGGUUUGAUUGUUCCGCAGGAAAUCACCAUCAACUUGCUGAAGAACGCCGUUGUGGACAACCACAAGAAUCACGGCAAAACAAAGUUUUUGAUCGACGGGUUCCCGCGUAAGAUGGAUCAGGCAGUCUCGUUCGAGAACCUCGUUGUCAAGAGCAAGCUCGUGCUGUAUUUCGAGUGUCCUGAAGAGGUUAUGUUGCAAAGACUGCUCGAAAGAGGUAAAACCUCGGGCAGAACCGACGAUAACCUCGAGAGUAUCAAAAAACGGUUCAGAACGUUUGUCGAAACAAGCAUGCCCGUGGUGGACUAUUUUGGCAAACAGGACCGUGUCGUCAAGGUCAAUUGUAACCAGCCUGUGGAGGAGGUGUAUGCAAAAGUGGUGUCUUCCUUCAACGACAGGGGCAUCACCAACAAAUGA